CACCCCUUAUUUUGCUUAGCACUAUCCAUAUAUUAUUAAUCCCAAAACUUUGUGUGAGUACAUAUCUCUCUCUCUCUAUUUUCAAUUUCCAUAAACCAUUGCCCAUAUAGUAUUUUUAUUUUGUGUAGUAGAGAAGAAAAACAAGUAAUGGACUUGAAAACUGAGUUAUGUUUGGGGCUGCCUGGUGGUGGAGGAGAUCACAAUAUUAAGAAAAGAGGAUUUUCUCAAACUGUUGAUCUCAAACUCAACCUCCAUGAUAAUGAUAAUAUUCCUUCUAUGAACAUCAACAAUCCUCCAAAGGAUAAUUCCUCCAACAAGCCACCAACUAAGGCUCAAGUGGUGGGGUGGCCACCAGUAAGAUCUUUCAGAAAGAACAUGUUGUCUCAAAAAGGGAAUAAUAAUAAUAAUAAUAAUAAUGAAGAAAUUAGUGAGAAGGAUGAAAAAACAAUAGCAUUUGUGAAGGUUUCCAUGGAUGGUGCACCUUACCUUCGUAAGGUAGAUUUAAAGAUGUACAAAAGUUACCAACAACUCUCUCAUUCUUUGACCAACAUGUUUAGCUCCUUCACUAUGGGUAAUUAUGGGUCCCAAGGAAUGAUAGAUUUUAUGAAUGAGAGGAAACUGAUGGAUGUCCUCAAUAGUUCUGACUAUGUACCAACCUAUGAAGAUAAGGAUGGGGAUUGGAUGCUUGUUGGAGAUGUACCUUGGCAGAUGUUUGUUGAUUCAUGCAAGCGUUUACGCAUAAUGAAAGGAUCAGAAGCUAUUGGACUAGCACCAAGAGCCAUGGAGAAAUGCAAGAACAGGAGCUGAUCAAUUAAUUAGUUCAUGGAGAUUCAAAAAUGUAGAUGAAGAAUGAAGCAAUCAAUUAUUUCCAUGGUGUCUGUAUUUUUAAUUAUUUGAUAGUUAGUAUUUAGUAGUAUAUAUAAAUAUAUAGAUAAUUAUUUUUGGACAUUUGUAAUUGGACAAGAAGCAAUAAACGAAAAAAAAUACUAUAGACUAUAGUCUGGCUUGUUUAUUAGUACUAA